AUGCAACCAAGCAAACAACAAUUCCAAAUCACCUCCAUCCAAAAUGAAGAGCACAUCUCCGCAGCCCGGGCCCUCUUCAUAGCCUACACCGAAUGGCUCAACGUCGACCUUACAUUCCAAGACUUCGCGUCAGAGCUCCAAUCUCUACCGGGCAAAUACAGCCCCGCCCACGGAGGAGAGCUUUUACUUGCCUACAGCGCAGACGAAACAAAGACACCGCUAGGUUGCGUGGCUGUCCGACCUCUUCCCCUCCAACCAGACAGCCCGACGCACGAUCAAGAGGUUCCCCAAUCCCAGUCUGAAACGCAAAGAAGACAAAGGACGUGCUGCGAAAUGAAGCGACUAUACGUCUCUCCCGAAGCACGAGGAAUGGGACUAGGGACGGCGUUGACCGAUGCGGUUGUUCAGAAAGCGAAGGAGCUGGGGUAUGCGGAGAUGAGGCUGGAUACGCUUCCUCAUAUGGCCGGGGCUAUUCAGCUGUAUCGACGAUUGGGGUUUGUUGAUAUUCCGCCUUACUAUGAGACUCCGCUGGAGGAGACGGUGUUUUUGGGUUUGGAUUUGACCUGA